AUGCCAUCCUUGUCCACCGUGACUGGCUUGGUUCCUGGACUGUGGAAAACCAUCAUUUUCUUAGUGAUUUGUAUUCACCUCUGCCAUUUCUCUGCUGGAAGUUUGAUUGAGGGAUGUCAAAAAUUAGAUUUCGGAGACUGCCUGAAGAUUUCAAAGCGCCUACUUGAAGAGGUGAAAGAAACCUUAACAAUCCCCAACGUGACCAGAGGAUUUAACUGUAGUGCUGAUACUGAGAUGGAACUGCAAGACAUCACUCAGAACCACACCAGUACUGCCUCAACCUGUGAACAGAUGUCUCACGAGUGCCAAGAAGGUAACCCUUCCAAGGGGUGCUGUCUCGAAUCCAGCCAGUGCCUUCAAAAUAUUACAUCCGAUCUACUGAUCUACCAGGCUAAGCUACAGAAUUUUACUCACAUCACCAGUAACCUGUCCAAGAGCAUUGAACAUCUCCUAAAGGCUAUCAAUUCGGAUUCAGUCCGCAAAGACAGAGAUUCUGAAUUGAACUCGGUGGCAAAGGGAGAAGAGAGAAGUGGCGAUACAUUUUCCCAGAGGAUGGUGCUGUGCAAACUCUUGCAUGCCCUCAAGCUCCGCACUGUCACCAUUAACAGGGUUAUGAACCACCUCAAUGAAAAUCAACCACAACAAUAG